AUGACAACAGCUGAAUCGCCCCUCUGUGCCGAAGACUGGGUCCCAGAGAAUCAAGAUAAGGAUAUAGAUAACGAGUCUGAGAGAAACAAUUCCAGAUCUGACACUGAAAAUAACCACCACCAUUACGAUUCUGACGAAAAUGAACUGCUGUCUGAAUCUGAGAAAGGUAACUACAGAUUCGGGACGGAUGAAUCAGACAUUGAGAGCGACAGAAUUCAAUCUGAGCAAGGAUAUGAAAAGGUCCAGGACGACGGAGUCAUAGGAAGCGGCGAUGGGCAAACGGACACAG